AUGUUCAUCGGUUUCGCCAUCUUUUUCUCGAUACUGAUAUUUAUCAACCUGGUUGGCAAUACACUGGUGAUAUUAGCUGUUGUCCUAAACAAGCCCAUGAGAUCUCCAAUCAACUUCCUCCUCAUCAACUUAGCAACCGCUGACGUGAUCGUUGCACUUUUCAUUGGCAUCCCUUUCGUCAUAGGUCCUACCUACACCCACCCCGAGGGUAAACCAGGGGAAAUUCUUUGUAAGCUUUUCAGUGGUGGAAACAUAGGCUGGGCUGGCGCUUUAGCCUCUGUGUUCUCCCUUGUAGCUAUUGCUAUUGAGCGUUACUGUGCUGUUUUAUAUCCACACAGCCAGAGGGGAAAACUCACAAAACCCAAGAUUAUCAUCUUGGUGAUCACGUGUUGGUCGCUGUCAUUUCUUUGGGCAAUUCCCGGCUUUAUGGCUGUCACUUACAUCAAAGAGUUCAAAAGCUGCGGGCACAGCUGGUCCAAGCCCAUCUACGGGCACUUCUAUACUGUUGGGUGGUCUGUGGUAGCUGGUGUGAUCCCUAUUGGCAUCAUGGGAAUCUUGUACUCAAGAAUGGUGUAUCAUCUUUGGAUCAAAAAAGAUAACAUUCGCGAGAAUACCCAGAAGGCUUUGAAGCGCCACCGGAAGCGGGUGACCAAGAUGGUUGUUUUCGUGACGGUCGUUUACGUAUUGUGUUGGGUUCCCGAGCUGCUAAUUUACUUUCUUGGUUUCACUGGUACCAUUACACUAGUUGGAAUACAUCACACAGUGGCCUCUGCCCUGAUUGUGUUUAAUUCUAGCGUGAAUCCAGUUAUUUACAGUCUCCAAAGCAGUCAGUUUCGAAAACAUUUGUCCGAAUUGAUCUGCUGCAAACGGAAUAGGAUAUCACCGAUGAACCACACUACCACGGCAACGUCCAGUACAACCACGAGAAAACAAGAAUUAGAGGAAGCGAGUCAGAUUCAGAGACAAAAAUCACAGGAUAUGGAAACUGCAACUUAA